AUGCAUAGUGCUAUAGGUGAUGUCGCUAGUGAAUUUCAAUAUGGGUUUAUACCUGAAAGGCAAAUUUCAGAUAAUAUUCUCCUCUCUACAGUGCUGAUUAGAGGAUACACCAGGGCUCAUGUUUCUCUUGGGUGUUUAUUAAAGGUGGACUUGAAAAAGGCUUAUGACUCCAUUAAUCGGUCAUUAAUUAAGGAUAUAAUGGUGGAGCUUGGGUUCCCCGACUGCUUUAUAAAAUGGGUGUUUACUUGUAUCACCACAGUGUCUUACAACAUUUUGAUUAAUGGGAGGCCUACUAAACCUUUUAGUGCAAAGAAAGGGUUGAGACAGGGGGAUCUGAUGUCUCCAUUCAUGUUUGCAAUUGGAAUAGAAUACCUCACAAGGAAUUUGCAACAACUUCAGGCUCAACCUGAUUUUAAUUUCCACCUCAAAUGUGAAAAGCUAGCUAUCACUCACUUGAUGUUUGCUGAUGAUUUGCUCAUGUUCUCAAGGGAUGACAUUCAGUCAAUUCAGAUGAUGUCAGCUUCCUUCACUUAG